GUGUUAACGCAUUCUCAAGCCUUGAUUGCUGAUGGAAUACAUACCUUGUCCGACCUUGCCAGUGAUUUCAUGGUGCUGUUUGCGGCUAAGUUGGCCAGUAAAGAUGCAGAUGAAGACCAUCCCUAUGGGCAUGAUCGCAUUGAAACGGUGGCAACGGUUAUCUUAGGUCUUGCCUUGGCAAGUGUUGCGGUUGGCAUCGGCAUGAAUGCUUUUGAUCGUAUCACCCACCCAGAAAAACUGCUUCAGCCUACGCCAUUGGCGAUUAUCUUCGUACUCUUGGGAAUUAUUGCUAAAGAGGGCUUGUACCAUUAUACGAUGCAUGUGGCUAAAAAAAUCAACUCCAAUUUACUCAAGUCUAAUGCCUGGCAUCAUCGUUCGGAUGCUUUUUCAUCCUUG